AGGACUCUCAAGUUUAGUUCUGCGAGACCUGCCUCAUGAAAACUGCGAAGCUGCCCAUCCUACUUGGACCAACAAAAGAACUCCUCCAUUCUUCUCUAACAAAAGCUUUAUCUUCUGCUUUAAACACCAAGCAGCUCCACAAAAUCCACUCUCUUUUAAUCACAUCAGGCUUUGAAAGAUCUGCCUUCUUCUCUGGCAAACUCAUAACAAAAUAUGCCUACUUCAAAGACCCCAUUUCUUCUCUUCAAGUCUUUCACCAAAUUUCACCUGCUACUAACGUUUAUCAGUGGAAUUCAAUCAUUAGAGCACUUACCAACAAUGGGUUUUUCUCAAAAGCUCUUGACUUUUACUCCAAAAUGCGAGUAAUGAAUCUUAAGCCCGAUACAUACACAUUUCCUUCUGUGAUCAAUGCUUGUGCUGCAUCAGGGGAUUUUGAAAUGGGUCUUGUUGUUCAUCAUCAUGUUUUGCAAGUCGGAUUUGGAUUUGACUUGUUUAUAGGAAAUGCUUUAGUAGAUAUGUAUGCGAGAUUUGGUGAUUUGAUUAGAGCACGUAAUGUAUUUGAUGGAAUGCCUCAUAAGGAUGUUGUGUCUUGGAAUAGCUUGAUUUCAGGUUACAGUGCUAAUGGGUACUUGGAGGAGGCUUUAGAAAUUUAUCAUCAGUUGAGAAUUUCUGGGUUGAAACCUGAUUCUUUUACUAUUUCAACUGUCUUGCCUGCUUGUGGUGGCUUGCUUGCCGUAACAGACGGCGAGGUGGUUCAUGGAUUAGUUGAAAAGCUUGGUAUUAACGCUGAUGUUAUAUUAAGUAAUGGACUUCUUUCUAUGUAUUUUAAAUUUGGUAGAUUCAUGGAUGCUCGAAGAGUUUUUAAUGAGAUGGUUGUUAAGGACCCUGUCAGUUGGAACACUUUGAUUUGUGGAUAUUGUCAAAUGGAGUUGUUUGAGGAGUCUAUUGAGUUGUUUAUUGAGAUGUUAAGGAGGUGUAGGCCAGAUUUGUUGACAGUCACAUCUAUUCUUCGUGCUUGUGGUCUCUUACAGGAGUUGGAAUUUGGGAAGUUUGUUCAUGAUUACAUGACAAGAAGUGGUUUUGAAUGUGAUGUCACAGCAAGUAAUAUUCUUAUUGAUACAUAUGCUAAGUGUAGUGAUUUAAUAGCUGCAAGGAAAGUCUUUGACACAAUGAAAUAUAGGGAUUCUGUGUCAUGGAAUACAUUAAUCAAUGCCUAUGUCCAAACUGGAAGCUAUAGUGAAGGGGUGAAGCUCUUUAAGAAAAUGAUGUUGGAAUUGAAACCUGACUCUAUUACUUAUAUAACACUCCUGUCUCUGUCUACUCGAUUGAGAGAGAUGGAACUUGGUGAAGAACUCCAUUGCAACUUGGCUAAAUUAGGAUUUGAUUCAGAUUUAAUUGUUGGGAAUGCUUUAGUAGAUAUGUAUGCUAAAUGUGGCAAAAUGGAUGACUCUCUUAAAGUUUUUGAGAACAUGAGAGUUCGCGAUAGAGUGACAUGGAAUACCGUAAUUGCAGCAUGUGUCCAUGCUGAAGAUUGUAGUUUAGGAUUUAGAAUGAUUAACCGAAUGAGGAAUGAAGUGUUGCCAGAUAAGGCUACCAUGUUAGGUAUAUUGCCCAUCUGUUCCCUAAUAGCUACUAAGAGGCAAGGGAAAGAGGUUCAUGCAUGUUGUUUCAAGUUUGGAUUUGAGUUGGCUGUUCCAGUUGGGAAUGCAUUGAUUGAAAUGUACUCCAAAUGUGGCAAUUUAAUGUACUCUGUCAGAGUAUUUGAGCAUAUGAAAACAAAAGAUGUGGUGACAUGGACUGCAUUGAUCUCUGCAUAUGGGAUGUAUGGUGGAGGAAAGAAAGCUUUGAGAGCUUUUGAGGAGAUGGAAGCAGCUGGGAUCAUUCCUGAUCAUGUUGCUUUUGUUGCAGUCAUCUAUGCUUGUAGUCAUUCAGGUUUAGUAGAAGAGGGUCUGUCUUGCUUUUAUCGCAUGAAGAAAGAUUAUAGCAUUGAGCCAAGAAUUGAACAUUACGCAUGUGUAGUUGAUCUUAUAUCACGGUCUGGAAAGUUAUCUAAAGCAGAAGAAUUUAUCAGUUCCAUGCCACUGAAGCCAGAUGCAAGUAUAUGGGGAGCUUUACUAAGUGCUUGUCGAGCAAGUGGAGAUCUAAAGGUUGCAGAACGUAUCUCACAGCAUAUUGUUCAAUUGGAUUCUGAUGAUCCUGGAUAUUAUAUUUUGGCAUCAAAUGUUUAUGCAGCUUUGGGGAGGUGGGAUGAAGUCAGAAUGAUACGGAAAUCCAUCAAGGCUAGAGGCCUGAAAAAGGAUCCUGGAUGCAGUUGGAUUGAAAUUAAAAACAGGGUAUAUGCUUUUGCGACUGGAGAUAAGUUCUUUCAGCAGUAUGAAGAGGUUAAGAACUUGUUAGGGGUACUCAAUAAUUUGAUUGCAAAAGAAGGUUAUGUCGCUGAUUUGCAAUAUGCUUUGCAUGACGUUGAGGAGGAUGAAAAGAUGGACUUGCUUUAUGGCCACAGUGAAAGGCUUGCUAUAGCAUUCGGUUUGUUAAAUACAGAACCAGGGACUUCCUUACAAAUAUUGAAAAACCUUCGUGUUUGUGGGGAUUGUCAUACUUGGACCAAGCACAUAUCAAAGAUUGUCAAAAGAGAAAUCUUAGUAAGAGAUGCCAAUCGAUUUCAUAUAUUUCAAGAUGGGACAUGUAGCUGUGGAGAUCAUUGGUGAUGAGAUUCUUCAUAUUUCACUUUUUCUUUUGGUAGAUAAGUUGAGUGAUGGAUGAUGAAGAUUGUUUGGCCAUGUUCUAUACACGAACAAAUGCAUUAAUUAGGAAGGUUGAGAACAACCAAGUUACAAGAAUGAAGAAGAAAAGUGUGGGCAAGGAUCAACUUGCCAUUAAGCAGUGAAGAAGAUUUUAGUAACAAGUAGAUCCUUCUAUUAAUAUGACCCUCAACCUGGUGAAAUGGAGAAAAAAAAGAUAUAUUUAUCCAACAACAUUUAGAUCAGGAAUAAGUUGAGUUGAACUAAUUACCUAGACGGUUGGAUAUCUUUGACAACACAAUGCAUUAACAUUGGUGUUAGAAGGUAGGAAACUGAGCAUCCACAAAACGGAUUGCAAGUUUUAUGACAAUCAUGAUGUCUGGUAAAAUUCAUUUGUCAUCUCUUUUGGAGUUUUGAAAGGAGUUGUUUAAACAACUGAAUAAUGUGCUAUCUUUACGGGCCAUUCCUAUCUUCAAACAGCAUAAUCUCAGGUACACAUUUCUCGGUAAGUUUGAGUAUGUUUAAGAGGUAAACUUGGAUUGGAUAAUUUUCCUUUGAACAUGUAAUCAACUUCUGGAUCUAGAAUGCAAUAAUGAAUAUUAUGAAGAACAGUUGCUUCUUUGCCACUGUUAGCAACACCGAACUUUAUAAGACCUGCUUUUCACAGGAAAUUGACUAGUCAAGCUUUGCAAUUAAUAGUAUUUAUAUCCAUAUAACACUAGCAGAAGCUUCUUUUGUUGCAAAGAAUAUAUGCUAUCAACGACAAAAAAUGGCUGUUCUAUGCUUCAGAUAGCAAGUACAGUUUGUUUAACUUCCUAGCCACUAGUUCAUAAGAAAAAGGGAUAAUCAAUCUUGCGAAUUCAACAUAGUUUUGCAUUAAUCAAUGAUCAAUUGAGUUUUAGUAUAAUUGCAAAUAAGUUUUCGAAUUAUGGUAAGGUAGACAAAAUUAGAAUGUUCGAGUAAAAUUCCAUAUGUGUGAAACAGUUUGGUAUCCUUUGAUCCUUGGUCUUCGUUAAAACUUUGUUCUUUGUUGCACAGUCUUCUAGGAUUACAAAUGCUUUUUUUUUUCUGGUACAUCGGAAUCUAAAUGAGUUAUGUGAUAGAGAGUAUCUCUCUACUUUCCCAUGAACUCCUCUCCUCUCGCCAAGAUUCGGACCUAAGACUUUCUGAUAGAAAUCUCAAGUUUUAACUAUUAGGAUGUACCAAUGGGGAAAGAGUGGGAAAGAGUUACAAAUGCUUUGGCUGAGACUUGUUUGCUUAAAUUUUGGAAAGCAUUCUGUAUUAUUAUUUUGUAUCUUCUGUUGUAUUGCUUGACUGCGUUAGUGAAAGUCUUGUAUAAUAUGCACACAAAUAUUAUGUGCAGAUGCCUUUUAUCCAAUUGUAUAAUCAUCUGCUUCAGUAAUUUGUGGCCUUGCGAUUUAUAGAAUUAUCCAAUUGAAUAAUCGCCGGAUUUACACAAGGCCUGCAAUAAAUAGGUUCAUUUCCUGGCGAUAUAGGUGUGGAACCUGGUGACUAGCUUGUCAUGAGGAGGCAAGCUUUCUUUGAUUUCAGGAGUACUCUUAAACUCUUGCAUCCAUGUUGAUAACAAUGGAAAUCCUUGUUUAUCUAUUACUUUAAAACCAACUAUCUCUUCUACUACAGGGACCACGUUGGCAAGCCAACCCAGUGCAAUAUCAAGGAAUCCAAUCUUUUCUCCGCCGAAGAAUCUCUUUCCUGUCAAUGCUUCCUCCAAGUAUUUCAGAUAAAUUAUCUACUUCGAAUUUAUUUGUAGAUGGAGUAAGAUUGAUUGGUUUACCUUUUCAUCACCAAAUUUGGCCAAGAAACGGGCAGUGGCUCUCUUGUGGGGAUCUUGAGGCAAUAAGGGAUAGUGCUUCCACAUCUCAUCAAUAUAUUCAAGAAUUACAAAUGACUCUGCAAUAGGUUUUCCAUUGUGAACAAAAACUGGAAUCUUUUUGUGAACAGGGUUGUAUUGAAGAAGUAAAGGGCUCUUGUUGGUCAUGUCUUCAUCUAUAGAGUCAUAUUGGAUGCCCUUUAGCUUCAGUGCCCACACAAUCCUUAAAGCAAAUGGGCUUGACCAUGAUUUCAAAAGCUUCACUUCUCCUGCCAUUGUGUUAUGCUAUGCAAUUUUCUAUGUACACAAAUAUAGAUAUCGUCUAUUGUAUAUAUACACAAAUCCUUAGCUAAGAAAUUUUUUAUUUUUUCUUGGAAAUCUCUUUUUGGCAUGUUUUAUUUGGAAGUUCAUUAUAAUGAUGGUAGCAAGCCACAAACUAGUAGGGAAA